AUGGUAAGACUCCCAUUAAAAUCAUCAUCUAAUCUUUUGGGAUCUUCCAGACAACGUGCCUUCCGAUGCCUCCAAGGACAAUUGCGCAAGUUCGAGGGAAACCAAGAAUAUUGCCAGCUCUACAAGGACUUCCUCACUGAAUAUGAACAACUCGAGCACAUGAAGAAGGCUCCCUCAGACAUCUCGCAUCCCAGAUACUAUUUGCCGCAUCAUGGAAUUCUCAAACCAGACAGCUCCUCCACCAAAAUGCGAGUAGUUUUCAAUGGUUCCAGUCCCACCUCAACAGACAUCACGAAGAUGUAUAGACAGAUCAUGGUGCAUCCAUACAAUUGGGAUCUCCAAUGCAUUCUCUGGCGAAACUCAGAAGAUGAGAUAGCGACGUACCACCUCACCACCGUCACCUAUGGAACCAAGGCUGCUCCUUUCUUGGCCAUUCGAGUCCUCCUCCAGCUCAUCGAAGAUGAAGGUCACAAGUAUCCACUCGCCAUUCCACCACUCACCAAAGGUCGUUAUGUUGAUGAUAUCUAUGGUGGUGCAGACACGAAAGAAGAACUCUCAGAAAUCGCUAUCGACCUGAAAAAUCUCUGCAUGGCGGGCGGCCUCCCCUUAGCAAAGUGGCAAUCGAACUCUCCUAGUACGCUCAAGAUGGUAACCGAGGAAGAAAUGAUACCAUCGCCGAUCUCAUUUGACGACUGUCCUACUUCAACGAUACUUCUAGGCCUACUCUGGUAUCCUCAAGAGGAUUACUUCUCAUUCAAGAUCAACUCAAGCUCAUCUGGGUCUGUGGAACUUUGGCUCCAGAAACUGUCAUGGGACGAACCACUGUCACCUCAAGUCACAGAAAGAUGGUGUAACAUCAGAGAAGAUCUCAAAUCAUUGAUCAAUGUACGAGCACCUCGCUGGGUAGGCACCCAAGAAAAUGCUACCAUAGAACUUCACGGUUUCUCUGAUGCUUCUCAACUUGCCAUGGCAGCAGUCCUCUAUCUCAUUCUGCUCACAAACGAACACUCCACGGAGGUACACAACUCACACUGUCCACCAACUGACAACAAUAUUGGAUCAUUGGAAGAAGAGCCCCAGUGA